UGUAGUUCAGAUCAUAAAGAGCUCAACUCCAAUCCCACUUUGAUCCUGCCAGGAUCUUGCCCCCAGGAUCAUGCCCUGCUGGGUGCCUGAAUGGCUGUUUGUGUCCUUGCCCAGGCUUUCCCUACACGCAGCGCUGCCGCCUCACCAGCAGCUCCGCGGUGCCCCUGACGUUCCAGCUCCGCAUGUCGGACGAUGGCACGCAGCCGGCUGUGGACAGCGUGGAUCAGAUCCGCAGGGACAGCGACCCGGCCUGGAGCAAGGGAAUCCAUUUGCAUGUGGAGCCCAGGGAGUUCACCAUCAAUCCCAGCGGAGGCACCAUCCUCCCCCAGGGACACCAGGACAUCGAGGUGACCCUGUGCUCCAACACGGUGAUGGAGUUCUACCGGAGAUUGCUGGUGGACCUGGAGGGUAUUGGCAAGGGAGUGGCAGCCUGAUCAUCACAGCCAGGUGUCUCGUUCCUGAGCUCCAAGUGUCCUCCCCAGUGCUGCUGUGUGAUGAGUGC